AUGUGUCACGCUCUCGACACCAUGGUGUCUCAAAAAGCGAAGGAUCCUCGAAAGUGCCAACCUCUGGCGACUGUCACCACUAGAGAGGACACCUACGCGGACGAAUGGAACGACGCUCCAUCUCCAAAUCAAGAGGCUGAAAAGAUGGUCCGUUCAAACCUGCUGUUGCGUCUGUUGGAGACAGGAAACAGCUGUAGGAAGACGACCAGCCGAGAGGCGGAGUUGAGCGCGCAGGAUGGGCAAGCUGGGCAAGCUUCUGAUGCUGUGGAACUCGCAUUAGGUGUUCAAUUGCCACCUGGGGUCAGUUUGUAUCGAAAGACCAUGCCCAUAAGGAACUCUGUCAGCCAAGAAAUAGAUAGCAAAGGUCAUAAGUAA